AUGAGUACUUCAAGGGUGAACGAGAGCAGCUCCAACGAUGGAUCAGUGGUUGCUCAGGGCGUUAUCGUGGUUACAAAGGAAGUGAUUCACGAGCGUCGCGUUGACCAUGCGCUGUGGCUGUUGAACCACCUUCAUGUACCCCUGACGCUUAGCGAUAUGGAGGGCUCUCUGUACGACAUUAUUGACGUUGUGGCCAAUAUUGGCGGGCCCAAUGGCCCAGGUGCCGGGGGCGCAAAUAAUGGCGGCGGCAGCUCUCGCCAUUUACACUCGCUAUCCAGCUCCCACCACCGUAAUUCAUCGCACAGGAUCGACAGACAGUCCAGCUCGAUUUUUAGCCCAUCACUCAACGACAUGUCCGCACUAGCAGAGAAUCUGGACCGGAAGUACAAAUUGACCGAGAGCACACUGUUCUGGACGAUAAACCACGAGUACAACGUUGUGUUUGUCAUCGACAUCAGCCAGAGCAUGUACUCGCUGGACCCAAACACCAACGAGACGUAUAUACACACCGCUCUGGAGACGCUGGAAAAGUGCCUGAUGGGCAUGGUGCAGCCAUUCACAGUGCGCUCAACGCUAGGCUUGCCUGAUUACUUGGUCGAGCCCCAUAUUUGCGCUAGCGUCGUUGGAUACUGUCCGCGACCACCAGGCUCGUACCCUGCUGAGCGUGAUCGCAAAAAGCUGCCAUUCUGCCGCACCCUGACGCACGCACACAUGGUGACGGUCGAAGACAUGCCCGAGUUUAUGAAGUCCAUUCGCAAUUUCCUUUUUAACUACGAAUGCGAGAUCCAGGACUCACUCGGAAGCUUCCCACCGCCUCCACCGCCCAUUCCGCUGGACCCAGACGUCGAUUUUGAAAGGCAGCAGGACGAACUGUUUGAGCAGUACCAGAAGCAAGAAUCCAGGCGCAGCUCAAAGAACAUGCGGUACGGCCACAGCCAAACAGCCACUUCAGAAGCCUCGGCCACAUUUGAGAGCGCCAGCAAGUCAAAUAAGCAGCCCAAGGCUGGAGACACGUUCACGUUCACCUACUGCCCGGACGCGCCGCUGCUGCAUACAUUGCAGAUCGCCGACUAUUUUCUGAAGAUCAUGCCUGAGAUAUGCUCGCCAGCGUUUGUAUUCUUGACCGACGGAGUUAUGCGCUCCAACUUUGCGACAUCAAGGGCGCAGGUUCUCACAAGAUCGCUGUGCCGGCGCAGCACGCAGUGUACGUUCAUCCAAGUUGGGUCAUGCGGCGGGUUCACGCCCGAGACGACUCUUGGAUAUGUCGGCGACAACGAGCUGCUGCUGUGCAUGGCUGCGUGCUUGGAUGGCCGCUUCAUUUACGCUAGCGACUGCCCCGACACGGUGUUCCCGCAGCAGAUCAACUUUUAUCACCAGUCGAUGCUGAUCCGCGAGACGCGCCUCGUGAGGACCCAUGUCCGCCACCGGUACGAUGUGAUACAGCAGGGCGGCCGGCGCCUGGGAGACAUGCCGCGCGAGAGGCUGAACCCAACAAACAGCAGCAACCUCGAGUCCACUCCGGGCAGCGACGUUGGGUUCCCCUGGUGCCCUGACUGUAAACCCCCGAUUGUGCACACAGUGACGGCGCGGUACAGUGACUACAAUAUCCCGGUCAGCAUGAACGUGCUCAUCGAGGCGCGCAUGAACGAGGGGUUUGUCGUGCGCAACAUUCAGAUCUCGAAGCACGAGCGGGACGGCAUCGGCGAGCGCAUCGUUGUCAGGAUGGAGCUUGUGUGGCACGCCAACAUCACCAUUGUGUACCGACUCACCAACAUACACUACAUGUCACCCAACGUCGCCCGCGAAGAGCCGGGCCACAGGAAUAGCAAUAGCAGUGGCAGCAGCAGAAGCAAUAGCUUGAAUGCACGCUCGCGCUCGGACAGCGUCUCCAGUGACGAUUUCAGCCUGGCAGUUGACGACCGCGGACAGCGCAGCCCCAACUCGGUCGAUAUUGUUAUCCGGUCAUACAACAUGUUUACGCUGGCAUUUCUGCAGCAGAACCCGGGUGACGGGCGCAGGAGCGAGCUGUUUACAAAGGCGGCCAUGCUGCACCAGUUCUUGAAGACUAUGGUCGAGAAAGAUGAGCGGCUGCGACAGAUCUACUAUCCAGCGCUGGUAAUCGCGCCGGGCCCGCGUGCAAAGGCCCACCCCCGGGUGUUCAUUCCGCCGGUCAUAGACACGUCGUCCAACCCACCGCACGCAAUCAGAGAGGUUCCUCCUCUGGCCACCCGUAUCUCUGCGGAUGAGGUGGAUCCGAUGGUGUUCUUGGAUCACUCUGAAUGGAGCGAGCAGCACUCUCAGCUCUACGAGAUGAUGAUGCAGUUCUCCAAGAACGGAAGCACAGUCAAGAUGCUCGCAAGCUUUAGACACACGGCAUCCAUGUUUAUCGACUCGGAGCUGAUCAUGUCGUACGUCGAGGGCAUAAACUUUGCCGAGACAGCGAAGCACGGCCAGCGCAUCAUGGCAGACUUCCGCGCGCACGUGUGCCAGGCGGGCACAUGGGCGCUCAUGAAGGAUGAGAACAAGUCGGUGGUAUUUUUGCGCGACAAAUUUCGCCUUUCGCACCGGAUUCCAGUGUUCAUAGUGGCGCACUGGGAGAUGGCCACGAAUUGGAUCUUGCGCGUGACCUUCAGCCUGUUCAACGGGACCAUGGCCGCACGCAACGUCGUGGUGAACUGUCUGCCGUCGUUCGGCGACUCGUUCAAGCCAAGCUACCGCGAUCCGAGCCGCGAGUCGGUCGCCCGUGCGACGCGUCCGCUGCACCUUUUGCCCGUGGAUCUUGACAUUACGGAUAUAAUGGCGCCUAACCUGCUGAGCACGCGCGACAUGGGGGAUCUGCACACGUACGUGGUCGAGUGGCGCUGGACAUACCUCGCGCGUGAGGGCACGCGUAAAGACUUGAGCGGCGAGGGGUCGGACAGAGACAUUGUAAGGCAGGCGUUGCACCGGCUGGCGAUGACGCUCGGGUACCACCGUCUUUCGCAGGACUUUACGCUGGUCAACGCCAAGGGCGAGAGUACAGGCCUGAUGGGCGGCACUGACGCGUCGAUGUACGACAGCUGCAUCACCUUUUACCACGAGCGCGAGGGCUACGACGGUGAGGAGCUCUUGCUUGGGUGCCAGUACCAGAUCAUUGUGGACAUGAAGCAGUCUUCAGUGACUGCACGCACGUGGAUUGAGCCGUGGUCGCCACGCUUUAUCCGGAGCCUGUUUGAGGACGACUUCCGCAUCCUCGCACCACUGGGCACGUUCCAGCAGAUCUUGCAGCCCGAGCGGUGCUUCCAGCUCAAGGUGCCCAAUAUCGCCGAGUUCCACAGCAAGCGGAUGAACAUGUUUUCGAUUAUGGCGGUGGUCAACUCGAGCCGUAUUGCACUGCGGAUGCUGCAGCUGCCCGAAGUCUCGCCGGCGUAUGCGGCGUGGAACCAGCCGGACGGCGCUGAUUCAAUAAAGCUGGACGACCCGACCUUCCGAAUCACGCCUGAUCCAAAUCCCGAUGAUGACAUUGAAAUCCAGGAGCUGGACGAUGCCGGAAAUGUUAUGCGGCGGACCAAGGCGACCGAGUACUACAAGACGCACGAUCGCGAGGAGACACGUCGUCUUGCGAUGGAGAAAAAACUCAAGAUUGUGCACGUCGGGUCAAGCCACGGCGAGCGCCAGGCAAUUAUACUGGAGCGCUUUAUGCUAACGCUAUUUGAAAAGAGCGAGGAGGGCAAGUACGACCCGUACAUCGAGAGGUACCGACUAAAUGAGUACAAUCCGUUUAUCCUAGCGCUCAUCAACCCCGGUCAUCCGCGCAAGCUUUUCUUCAACAAGCUCGCGGUCAAGUGGAUGACGACCGGCGAGUUUACGAUGGUUGCGUACCGCUGCUUCUUGGAGUUUGCGCUGUUCAAGCACUGCGAUGCGAUUGCUGUCAACGCUGAGCGCUUCCACAAGCUGCGCUUCGCUGGCAGCAUCAUCAGCGAGCUGGCUGCGCAUAGCCCGGGCAUGCACCAGGCAACGGGCGUGCCGAAUGCGCUGGACGAGCACCUAUUUGUGGACAAGUGGUUUGUCAUCCGGCUGCCGAACAAUACAUCGUUCCUGAUGGUGAUCAUGCCGAAUGUGCCGCUCGCAGCGCCACGGCGCGACCAAAGCGGCCAGGCUGAGCGCCCUGAGAAAGGCGAUCAGGCCGAGACUGUGCAGGAUGCUGACAGCUCCAGUGCGCCCACGCAUAAGAGGUCUGACUCCCAGCCCGCGAGCCCCCCAGUGUUCACGCCCGCCCUUGAGAGCUCGAUAACCGGGUCGGACGCCGGCAUUGGAGGCGGAUUGACGGCAUUGAAUGCGUACACGCUGGUCAUGGAGUGCAGCAUGGACAGCAGUGAGAUGCGGCGACACGUGGGCACGAUGGAUGUCCAGCGGAUGGUGGCAACAAAGAGGCAGCUGAACCUGCGGCCGCUGGACGUUGGCUCGUCGAAUACGCGCGUGCCUGGCGACGCGUUUCAGGGCUUUGUGGGCCAAAGGGACGUUCCGAUCCCCUUCACAGAGUACGCCGUCGCUGAGAUCCAGAAGCUGGAGCGGAUGUACACAGAGGCCCAGCUGCAGACUAUGUACCUGGCGCUGCUACUAAAGCGGCAAGUGUCAGCUGCUGAUCUCGCGUUUAGCCAAAGGUCAUCGCUGUGGCGGCGGCGGUCGAUCGACAUGGACAUCACUGCCUUCUUGCACAGCCAGGACGCGGCACGACUUGGUCGCGAGCCUGCGUGGGACGGUAGGGACUGCCAGAGCAUUCAUGAUCAGUUUGCCAAGCUCAUAGGCGAGUCGUUCACGGCUCUCCCGGGCAACACGGCAGAUGGAAAGCUGUACUACUGUCACUCAACUCCUGAACGCGAGUCCGAGCUGGAGAUGUGCUUGCAGCUGGCACAGAACCCGCUGUUCAUCAACCUGCAGUGCUCGCUUGAGGUACUAGACAGCACCGUGGGUCACAAACUCAGCCUCAACAUGCCAAUCGAGCAGCUGCCCCUGUCGCUGGAGAAAUUGUGCGAGCAGGCGGGCCUGCCGUGGCGACCGCCCACGGACCACUUUGACACAUCGAUGGAUGUGCGUGUCAUCAUGCAUAUCAACUGCUUGUAUCUACCAGAGGAGCCGGUGUCUAAGGGCAAGGCCACGAGCCGCGCCGAGGAGCCCAAGUCAAAAGUCCCGCAGCAAAAUUCCAGCAAGCAGGAGGUUGGUAGCCAAAUCACGCAUGUUUUCCAAAAAACCAUGUCGCUGUCAUCACUGGCGCGCUCAGAGAAAUCCAAGUUGCUGAAAGACCUACUGCCAACCACUGAGAGCGGGGGCGACGGAGACGGACAGUUGCCUUCCGCCGCCAUUGCCAAGCAGUGUACCAACAUGCAGAUCGCCACACUCGAUGGUUUGCCGCAAGACCAACUGCAACUAUUGCAGCACUGCCACCGCAAGAUGCUCCGCUUCAUCGCGCAAGAGACGUUGUACGCGUUGCGCGACAUCCAUCCGGUGACGAGCCCUUUGCUGAGCCAGGUGUGGCAUACCAUUGAAUCGACAGUCGACGAUGACAUAUGCUCGGACCGGUUCGAGUUUGCGCACAACAAGCUGGAGAUGAAGUUCUUGACCACCAGCUUUGAUAUUGCACGGCGCCGCCAUGCGAUGGAUCUUGUCAUGACCGAGCUGCUCAAAAUGGACGGCACGUCCUUUGGCUUUCCGUUUGGAAAACUGCAGAAGCUCAAUGGCAUAGUGUACAUGCGCGACGUGCGCAGCCGCUCUGCGCGCAAUGAAGCGCGUGCGCGAAUAGAGGCCAGCACGUCGAACAACAUGCAGGGCAUUUCAACGGCAGGGGUAGAGACAGGGCCGAUCGAUUUGGAGGACGCACUUCCGUCGUGGUUUUUGAUCAAGCCGACAGAAUCACUGGAUGGCGUGCUCAUUCUGACACACAACUACUCUUCCGUGACUGAAGAGGCCGCCGACAAUGUGCUUGCUGCGACGCGCCAGCUGCUGAUGGUCGCGCUCAAGGCCGCCAACACACGAUUGCUGCUGGAGGAGAUAGCCGAGACGCACCGCUUUCCUGACCAGCUAGUGCUCCCCGAUGCCGCGCGUGCCAACUCCACUUCGGUGUCCAGCACGCGCCUGGGCCAAUACAACCACCCUGACACCCAGGCCAUCCGCGAUGAGCUUUCUGCUGGCCUGUCGUCCAGCCCCUCAGCGCCGGUGCUUUCGAGCGGGGAUAAGCAACGGAAGGCCAGCCACCUGCAAAAUGUGCAUAUCAACACGCUGGCCUCUGGCAGCAGCAGCAGUGUAGGUCCUCCUACUGACAAUGGCAGUGGUGGGCUCAGCAUUGCGUCGGUCCUUACGCGAUACACACCGGAAAGCCCCACUUAUUACAUGUGCCAAGAGCAGUUUAAGAAGACCUUUGCGCUGCACCCUCGCAUAUCGCCACAAAAAGCCAUCCAGUCGGUGCUAGCCAGCAGCAUGAUGAACAAUCGCCUAUCAAAUCAGCGCAAUAUGUUUUUCGUGCGCGAUGGCAGCUCGCUCUUUUUUGGACUGCUGACUAUAGGCCGCAUCCCGUACAUCUGCCCGUUUGUCGCCAGUGACAAAAUCGCGACAGCUGCAGGCCAGGAUAGCCUGGUGUCGGCUGCGCCCAGUCCCAUGCUCACUUCGAGCGGGUUGAUGUCCGGCGCUCACACUAUGGCCACAACGUCGCCCAACCCGCUGCUGCAGUCGACGUCGGCAAAUGCCCAUUGCCACUCGCCAAUGAUGUCGCCCAUCCACAGUAUUUCUAUGUUUGCAGCUCCAGGCAUGGAAGGCAGCGGGAGACUUGGCACGACCACUUUGGAUCUGCAUCCGCCACAGUCGCCGCGAGUGUCAUUAAGUCACACAGAGUCCUCGCUAAGAGCAGCUCAUAACAACGGAAGCAGGCAUUCCAUGACCGAAGGAUCGAUGCGCAGGGGGACGAUUAUCUCGGCCACCCCAGAGUCGCCAUCGGGUUCUUAUCUGGCCUCGUCGCUGACCAACCUCGAGUCUGCGCAAAGCCAGCCGCCGCAUGCCCUCACUGGUACUGGCACUGCAAUGCCUGUAUUUGAGUUGCAUGCGCCUGCUGGAAGCAAGCCUGCCGCCUUGGUUGAGGAGUCGGUGCCGUGCAUUAUUUUGCAUAUCUAUGGCGUCGACAAACCAAGCAAGGAGCUGACACAGGGUCUGGUGCAGCAGAUCGGCGAGUGCAUCGUCGUGAAUGUCACCAUGCCUGAGAUGUCGGACAUGCUGUUCCGCCAGGUGUCCCUGAACAACCACGACAUGAACUUUUUGUUCCCAAAGUGCAGUCCAGAGCCGACCAUUCUGUACCUGCCGCUGCCGCGCUUCGUGCAUGACCUGGACCGGCUGAUCAUGCAUUUCAAGCAGACAAUGGGCGUUACAAUCCCACAGUUCCCCACUUCGAGGCUUGUUACGCGGUCCUUGCGCCGAUCAUUUAAACACCUCCGCAAGCAUGCCUUCGACCACGGCGAAGAUGAAGAAGACACCAAGGGUAGCUCUGUCACAAUCGGCACUCGUGUGCCUGACACACUGCGCAAGGACUUGGCGCGGAUUCUCGAAGGCUGGGAGUACGACCACCAGACGCCGCGCCGCGUUCCCGUCGAGCGCCUUGUGUUCCUAUACAAUUUCAUCGCUCGCACCAACGGCAUCCCUCCGCCAGGCGAUAUGGCCCAAAUUGGGAACGGGAUUGCCAUAGUCUCGGCUCUGCCUCUGAACGCGGACCGAGUCGUGGCAAAGGCCAUGUGGGGAUCGGCAGCACAGCACGAGCCAUCCAACACAAGCAACACCCCGGCUUCGACGCUGGGAGCUGGGGCAGGCCAUCGCUUUGAAGCGCCUGUUUCCGGGAUUGCCGCCGAUUCCCUUGGGUUGCGAGCGGCAGCGGCAGCGAGUCGGGCCGAUGGCCAGUACUCACGGCACCGGCGCGUAGCCAGUUGCUUUAAUCCUGAGGUCAGUCCGAUAGCCCAGUCCCACUCCGCUGCAAUUGAUGUCGGGCAUAGGCACCUUACCUUGGAGCAGCGGGCCAACUACCUUUUGCAUCGCCGCGUUUCGCACACGCCCUCGCCAAAUGAGCGUGGCGCAAACCCAUCGAUUCCGUCGUCACCGUCGGCAUCGACGCCCAGCAGCAGUACGCCACUGACCUCAGAGUCGCUAGAGCACAGCGAACCCGCUGCGGUCAACUCACGCUCGCUCCCUGUGUCGCAGCUGGCAGGCCUGUUUGGCGAAUAUCUGAGUCAGUUCAAGGCUGCUCACAGCCACAUGCGCCUGGAGUUGUCAAAGUUUGACAACCUGUCUGAUAUAAUGGAGCGCCAAGUUGCCGAGUUUGCAGGCGAGCCUGUGAUGGCCAUCACGCUGUGGAGCAAUGCCAGCAUCCGUGUCGAGCGGCUCGCGUUAUUUGUGUCGCGUGCAUACUGGAAUGCUCUGGGAGACUACGUCUCAGAGCAAGUGCUUUACCCGAUUCUCUCUGCCGGCUGGGGGCACCGGCUCAACUACAAGAUUGGCCUCCCCGAUCCCUAUGUCGACAUGGAGCUUUGUAGCGUCUACCCGGGUGAGCCUGAUUCCAGCCGCAGUUGUCCAGCCUACGUCGAGGUUGAGCUCGGCACUGAAUGGGGCGAUGAUUUGUCUGCCGAGCAGACGCACCAGUCACUGUUGCGCGCGCACAAUGUCUACUUGCCUAGCGCGCCGAGCACGUUUACCGAGAGCACAAAGAAGCAGGUGCACGCGAUGGAAAUUGCCCGACAGAUGGCGCAAUACUGGGGCGGGCAAGAUACCGUCAAGUCUUUGCGGCACCUGCGUCAGCGGCUGCCCCGCGUGACAGGCAUCUCUCACUACUUUUCCGAGGAGCUGCGUGGUGUGCUUGAGACAAUGUGCCCGGCGAUGAACCCAGCCUUGUUCCGUCUACUGGAAAACCCCCUCGUUCUCAGCAAUUCAGACGAGUCGUUCCGACAAGAGGUGCCAAAACCGUUGUUCCCUGCCCACUCGUUGCGCAAACAAUCGGCCCGCACACACUCGAAAGUCGUGUACGAUGUUUCGGCGCUGCCAAAGGCACUUAGGGACACGCGGCAAUCGUUCUGCAUCAUGUGCACCCUGCCGUUGGAGACCGCCAAGGUAGCUCAGGCUGGGGCCCAGCAGCUACAAGUGCCUGCUUACCAGGGCCAAGUUCCCAUGGCGGGCGGCACAGGGCCUGUCGGCAUGGCGCACAACCGCCGCUUCGAGUCGCUAAAAAAGUACUCUGUCGUGGCUGACUCAGUCCACGGCAUGUACAACCCACGGCACUCCAGCCGCACUUCUUUGAGCUCUGGCCCGAGUCACAACCCGCAGGGGCCUGUGCAUGGCCUUGGGCUUCAAGUUUGGGGGCCAGGGGAGCAGCAGCAGAAAUUUGGUCCGCACGGCAGUCGUCGUGGCAAUGACAGCGGUAGUGGCAAUGUUGGCAGCGGAGGAGCGAUGGGAGAUGCUCACUACCCUAAACGCCGGUCACAUAGAAUGCCGAUCAUAGCCGAGCGCUUCGAGUCUUCGCCCAAGCCAAAGAAGAUGCCACCGUCAUCCGACUACCAGCCCAUCGCUGAUCCGGAUACGCCUGUGCUGAGCGCAGAUCAGAUCCCACAUUACUCGCCUCAGAGCAUGGUGGCGGGCGCGUCAACUAAGGCCUGGCUGACCGUGUGGCUGGUUGGAGGCGAGCUUGAGAUGGUCGGCUACAACGUGUCGCAGCACUUGUGGGAUUGCGUUUGUGAUCAGAUCCACCAGCGGCUGGAGCGCGAGAAGCGCCGCAAACAGCUGCUCGGCAUGUUUGCCGCUCACAUGUGCGGCGUCUUCCCGGGAUACGAGCAGCAGCCGCGCCACAAGGGGAUGUCUAGCACCUGGCUUGACCGCGAUGUGACUCGAGAUCUGAUCAACAAGUUUGCGCUUUUGAAGCAACUGACCUGCGACGACCAGAUCCACUACUUCAACAUCGAGCGCCUACUGUCAUCUAACUACAUGCGCAUGCUGGGAGUUGAGGACGGGUCCGCCGAGCUGCGGAAUCUGAUUAUGAACCCGCCCGUGGCAGAGAUGACGCUCAACGACACAAAGACCGAGCUCAUACUGAGCCAGCUGCAGGCCGAGCAUUUGCGCUGGGCCCGCAAACUGACGUUUGUGGACUAUACGCAGCCGUACGUCGACACGAGCCACCCAGACACGCUGUUCCGCAUUGGCUCUCGCUAUAUGCGCGCGUACCAGGGGCGCAUUGGCCAGGUUUUGCGCUACGACGAGCUGAUGAAGAUUGCGGAGCGUUGGCGUCGGCUCAUUGCGUCUGGGAACUUCCACGACUCAAUGAACCACUCGGCGCGCAUGGUGGUGCUCGACUUGCAGACUGACAGCACAAAUGCGUCGUCUCUUCGCGACAAUCGGCUGCUUUCGCGGCAGACGUCCAGCCAGGCGGCGGAUGCUCGAUCUGACAUUGCUGUUCAGGCUCCGCCCAGAGGCGACACUCGUGAGACGUUAGCCCGCAGCAGCUCCGACUUCACGUCCAAGGCCGCCGGGAAAAUACCCGCCAACGCAGUGUCCGCAAGUGUCGAGUCUGCCAAGGCGCCACCCGAGGCGCAGGACCAGACCCACACGCAGGCGGAGGAUGAAAGCGACGUAUCGCUGGAUGAGAUCAAGAUGAUCAUGGAGAACGCACGGCUGCUGCACUUUGUUUGCGCGCCGCUGCCGAUCACAAAGGCCAUCAAGCCCGCGGGCACCGACCUGCGCGCGUUCCAGCGGCUGUUCCGUGUCAUUUCGGCGCUGUUACAGAACUUGGCUGACAGCUAUAUCGACUAUUUGUGCAGCACCGGAUACGUAGUGGCCCGCCGCUUCGAAAAGAUGCUUCCGUGGAAAGAGGCAUUGUUCAGCUUGGAGUACUCCCCAGAAAAGAUCGUCGAGUUUACGCAGACGGUCCUGGGCCACUCGCACAUAUUCUUUGGCGGCCAGCCGAACCAGUUCUCCGAGGCCGAGGCUGCGCUGCCGGGCAUUUCUGUUCCCAGUGCCUACUUGUUUGGCUCCACCGAGCGCACGCAUCUGGUCACCGACAUCGAGGUUAGUCCUAAGAUGUUGUCCAUCCACAUGCACGCUUUGAGUCGCUUCACUCCCGAAUGGCGGUCUGCGGUGCCCGGAUACAUGCGAUCAUCGGUCAACCCGAAUUCAAUCAAAAAGUUCACAUUCGACCUGUCACGAUACAAGAAGCUGCUCCAUGCGAAGAGCUUUGUCUAUGAUUUCCAGCUUCGCUACGUUGCGUCCAUUCUAAAGCCCCUAGAGAAGCUGGCGCCUGAAAGCAGCGACCCACAGUCCCUGAACCUGCCCGAGACCAGACACCACGACUGCCGCGACCACAUAAUAUACAGCAGCGACUCGGGCCUGGAUGAUGAUAGCGGUAGCUCCUCAGAUGGCGACUCUGCCGAAUCCGCCGACGACGGCUACGAGAAUGCUUGGGUCUCAAGCGAUCAGGUUGGUGGCACAAGCAACUACGCCGGCUCCCAUUAUCGCCAGCCCCAUUGCCAUAGGCGCAACUGCGACCAGCGCACGGUAGCUCAGAGUCUACACGUCCAUGUCGACCUCACGGUGUUCCUGGCGGAGCUGAGCGAGCAGCGCUACUUCAGCACACGGUUCUCAUCGCGUAGGCUGGUGCGCGCGAGCUUCCCAAUAAAAUACCGCGACAUGUACGAGUACUUUUUGAACCACGCUGAGAGGUAUCACUUCUACACAGAGGGGUGUCGUCCGCCAAUGGGAGAUAUGCCCUCUACUAGCACGUCACCGUCUGGCGACAGGUCGGUGCCGAUAGCUGAUUUGUGCACCAAGUUGGCCAGCCAUUCGGGCUGCUAUCGCCUGUACGAGGGCGUUCUGCCGGGCCUGAUGAGCUCCCAAUACGGCAGCGAUUUCGGCAGCUCGGAUAUGCACAGCCAGGCUGGCAGCUACAGGUGGGGGCCGAACGGAUCCGACCCCUUGCCCUUGCACAAGUCCGAAAUUUUGGGCACGGCCAGCCGGCCCAUCGGCAGCCGAGGCGAAGGGAAGCACACGCUGCGCACGACCAACGUGGCUUCGUCUGCUCCCGAGACGACAAUGCGUGGCUCCUUGCAAAUGGGGGACAGCUCGUUUGAGUCGGCGCAUAAGUUGCGGGUAUACCCGCUGGCCUUCAACAAUCGCGGCCGGGGCGCUAACAUGUAUGCGGCGGCCGAUGGAGGGUCGUUCCAACACGCACAGCCGAGUGGCGGCGGCAGGGAGAUGCAGAUGCACUCUCGCGAGCGUCGGCCAAUUGCUAUGUCGUAUGCUGCAGGGUCGCAAUGGGCAGACAGAUUCAAGCCUAGCUCCAGUCAUGGUCGCAAGCCUUAUUUUGGCAGCAGCAGCAGCAGCAGCAACAACCAGCACCUGCCUCACAUGAAUUCACCAUCACUGGCCGUGUUGUCCAACCCAGAGCACGCCAUGGGCGUGAACAGCGCCCAGGACGCCGCACUUUCUGGUCCGAGGAUUGCCAACAGCAUAGCCAGCCGCGUGGGCAGGGCGUCGAGGUACGACCACCAUCAGCACGAGAAUGAGAACGAGCAUGAGCACAAGCAUCCGGCUUCAUCGAUCAUGACGGACGCGAUGAGCUCGGCGGACAAGUCCCGCAACUUUGCUCUGAAAGAGUACACGGCCAACAAGAUACAUUUGGCCAGCAACAAAUCUUCAGUUCGUGUGUCACUGAUGGCAAUCACUCCGGAUUGCGAUUCAUGUAGGUCAGAGACCAUUCAAGAGGCGCGCAGAAGCUGCGAGAGACAGCGCAGUCAUGCAAAGCAGAGGUUACAGCGAAAACUGAAGCAGCAGCAGCACUCUGCUGAUGGCGACGCUGAUAUCUGUGCAGAGGGCGACGAUGAGCAGGGCUCUUUGCGCGCGCGCAAGCACCACAAGAGCCACGGUCACAAGAAACGCAACAAGCCUCCACUACGGACAUUGGACGACAUUGAGGAGCUGUUUGGAUCGCCAAAGCAUAAGCCUCAGCAGCCGAUUACCGGCCUCGACAGCCGCUCGCCGCUGUAUCGCGCAUCUGCGGCCAACGACGUGGGUGACUCUUUGGACUCGGGUGGGAGUCAUCAAUAUCAGCGCCAGCACCGCCAUCGCCAUCGCCAUCGCCAUAGUCAUAGUCACAGCGACGACCACCAGUCGCACAUUCCAUUCAAAAUGGCUGAGCACAGCAGCUCUGGGUCCCGCAACCAGUCGCCCCUGCAGCAGUGGAUGUCCAGCUUGGCCAACAGGGCUAUUACCGACCCUCAGACCGACGGGCUCCGCACUAGCAUCAAUGGGGACAGUGCAGGAUCCUCGGCGCUGCCAGUCAACGGUGCUUGCUGCAACGAGACUGCCCAGCUGUCGUACUACUUGGUGAUAGACAUGGAUCCGCAUACCACCACCAGUCUGAAUAAUCUAAAGGCUGACGACGUGCGCAGCCGCAACGGGUCUCUCGGUCCCCUUCCCAGUAGUGUGGGGCCUACCCCCGACGGCAACGACGUGGAGGACUACUACACACUCGGAAUCCGGCCAUGCAAGGGCUGCCAGAUGCUGUCGCGCUGUGCUGGGCGGCCCAAAGUGUGCGGGAUUCAUAAGGUUCUGGGUGCGGUUCAGAUUGACAUGCGGGACUGGGAAAAUAAGGGCAGUGUUUGGGGAAGCGACCCGACCAUGGUCAUGGAGGUGUCGGCCAUUGAUCCCGACGAGUACGAUAAGGAGGAUCCCAAUGUGCUGGCAUGGAUUCAAACAACAGCUCACCGUCUGAUUCGUCACACUGCGCUUGACUAUCAUCGCGAUCUCAACUGGUACCGCGUCUAUGAGCACAUGCGCGUGGCGGACCUGCCUACUGGUCUGGCCCCUGCUGAUAUUUGCGAGCUGAUUGGAUUUGUCGAGCGCCAGGAAUGGGUAGAUGUCGGCACAACUGACGAUGCCGCACAGCAGCUCAUAGGACUUGGUGUUUCGGGCAGGCGCGUCAUUGAGGCACUGCAGCUUAGAAUGCGCAAGCUGUACUCGGAGCCCGCGCAAACGUUGGCUUCGCUUCUUGCAGACCAAGGCAACGCAGCCCCGCAACCAAUGGCGACCCCGCAUGUAGCUAAUGAUGAUUGCGGUAAGUGGACUGAGGGUACUGCCCAUCGUUUAGAGACAGCAGCUACUUCUUCGACAGCGCAACCUUCCACGCCCUCCCUGUGCUUCAAUGUUUUGCCGUAUGCCAAACAGAGCGAGAUAUGUGCAGAGGCACCUGCAGUGCCCGAGGCGACAGUGCAACCUGGUUUUGUACAUUAUGCGUUGGCAGGCGAUCGCGACGCUGAUGUGACUGGAGGCAACAUGUUUGGCAACCACUCCGCAGCCCCCGCAGGCAACCGGGAGACGCCGAAUAUGCAAGGUCCGGUGGCAGUCAUCGACGGUCAUGGGAGGGUUCUGACCCAGUCAUCAUCGGCCAAUAUUGGUGAUCUGCUGCGACUUUUGUCCCCGCUUAACACGCGCCUAAACAAGAAAAUCCUUCUUGACCCGGCAUUCCAAAAGAUGCUGAGCCGCUACAUUCGUCUUGACAUUACUACUAGUGCUUGGCUCUGCAAUAAGCAUCGCCAUACGCACUCGCUUCACGAAUACAACUGGUCCCUGGACGAUGCGUCUGUGCCCAAUAUGUCGGGUGCCUUGGGCGGCAAAUUAGGAGCGAACGCGGUUCCCCUACAGGCCCUUUUGGUUCCCUCACGCUUUCCCGCAGAGGAUGGAAUGACUCGGUCGACUAACCGGCGUUUGCAUCAAGUCCAGGAAAUUGAUAUCGGCACACCCUGCUCUAGUAUUCAGCGCCAGCGCAGGCAGCGCCGACGCACGGGCAAUUCGGCUGCAUCGUUGGGGAUAAAUGAUUCGCUGGCCAACAGCAUUCAAAUGUCACACGGCCUCUCCUCUGCUGCGGUUGCCGCUGCUGACUCCGCGUCGGUAGCAGGCGCAACAUCACGCUCAUCCAACGGCCACAAGGUGUUGGACUCGUACCAUCAUGGAGCUGCAUCCCCCAUCAGUGCGCAGCUUGGCAGCAAUGAUAAUAGCCCCAUGGGAACCGUCAAUGGAACCACAGGCGCUGCCUACACGACGGCCCUUGCAGACAAGUUCACCAGGGCCUGUGUUGAGAUUUUGCCAGGCACCCUGCUAGUCAUCGACCCAGAGGAUGUCCAGUUUGCCGCGCGCAUGUUUGUGCUGAAUCCGUUUGCCUACCAUGGAAUGCUAGAGCUGAUGUUCGUGUGCUCAGUUGAAAGUGGAGAGGUUGAGCUAAGCCAGAUCCGUGCUGUUGUCAGAGACCGCCGGCGCGACGGCCUGUACGAGUACGAGCGCAAGCAUAUCAAUCUUGUGCUGUCGACCGUUUCGGCUGUGGUCUGGGAUGUAAUGACUGAGGAUGAGGCUGCGCACGACUGA